AUGUCUAAGUACGAGACCAUCAUGUUGGAAGAAAAGAUGAAAGAGGUGAUCAUCGAUCAAGCCACCGUUCUCUAUGCUGAGGAGGUCAAGAAGUCGGAUUUCCCCCUUCGCGUCGUCAUCGCCAAAGAAAACAACCCUGAAGCUGUAGAAGACUACCUCUUCGACGUGGCGUACACUGCGCAUGUCGUCGUCAACGUUACUGGUGUCAGCUCCGAAUGGCUUCCUCUUGUGUCUACUCAGAGGAAGCAGUCUGUACAUGCCGGCUUGGAGACUUUAUUGGAUAUGUUGCAGGGAAUGAUGGCUUUUGUGUUAGACACUAAGCCGCAGCCGACCGACAAGGAGCCGUACAAUACGACAAAAGAUCCGUUCCAUUCCUACUUCGGGUUUGGAAACAAUUUCUCCUGA